AGACGACUGGCUCCGCCCCUUCACUUGAGAAUCCGCGCUUACGUAAACGCUCCGUCGGUCAGCGCUCGAUAAACGCUUCGCUCGUAAUCAAGGACAUCGCGCGCGUCAAGGUCAAGUGAUCGAUCAUGGAUGCCUUCCACAACUUGCUUCGCGAGGCCACGAACCCUCGCAACUCUGGCGGCUCAGGCUCAUCCCCGCUUCCCACGCCCGGGAGCUUGACCCAAGCACUGCAGAACGCCGGCGGAGGCCACGCUAUGGGUAUGACGCCCCCGCAGCUCAAUGGUAAUGGUAUGGGCUUACCUAUGGGUAUGAGCAUGCCGCUGUCCAUGCCCGGACUGCAGCCCGGCAACGCCAACGGGCUCGCGCCUAUCCAUGGCGGCCGCAUGAACUCGCUCAUGGGCGCCAGUUCGCCGAUGUUUCCGAGCCUUGGUGGCAACGGCACACCUACCUCUAUGUUGACCACCACGGGAGCUGCUACUGCUUCGACGACUGCCGCUGCUGCGUCUGCCGCUCCCGCCGCCGAGAAGAAGAAGACUACAAAGAAGCGCAAGGCUCCCAGCUCUAGCGCUGAUGCCGAGUCAGGGGAGGACGGCCGCAAGCAGCCCGAAGAGUACGAGGACCCCAAGGCCAAGCGACGUGCGCAGAUCGCCAAGGCUGCCCGUAAGCACAGACAGCGCCAGAAGGACGAGCUGAUUGCGCUGCGUGCCAAGGUGAAGGACCUGAAGGAGCAGAUCGAGGUGUUGCAGUCGUCCGAGCCGUCGGAGCACAACACGGAGCUCGGAUGGAAGCAGGAGGCCGAACAGCACGCCGAGAUUCGCGCUCGCGUGGACCAGGAGAACGAGUUCCUGCGUAAGACGUUGAUGGAGCAGAUGAAGUUCAUCCAGAGACUGCAGGACUACUUCACCAAGCAGCCGCUGCUCAACAUGCCGUCACUGGACAUGAUCCUAAACUCGUCGUCAUCAGCAUCCACUACGCCGGCUGCGCUGUCCAACACAAUCUCAGCCGCGCCGUCGGUGUUGCAGCUACAGUCUGGCUCGUUCCGUGACCGGCUCAUUGAGAUGGCUAAUGAGGCCAUGACAAACUCGGAGAAGCAGUUGACUGCCUGCGAAACAGCCUUCCGCAAUCCCAAGACGUCCACUAUGACGUACUUCGGCCUGCAGGUGCAGUACGAGAUGGGCAAGAACGAAAUGGGCAUCUUCUUCCGCCACCACCUUUACGGUUGCAACUCGAGUGUAGUUAUGAACGACCUGUGGUCGGUCAUUGGCGACGUCAGCUUCGAGAAGGGUUUUGCGUUCACCGAGACGGCUGAGAUUCUAGAGGAGGUGGACCCCAACACCAAGUACAUUCGCCGAGUGGUGAAUCUCACCAUGUCCAACGACGCGGCUGUCGGUGGAGGCAUGAUGAAGGAGGAGAGUCUGACUGUCAACCAGAAACGCGACAACCCGGAUGGCAGCGCGACAAUGAUCUCGAGGUCCGUUCUCGACGACCCAAGCCACCCCAAGUCGGCUGACCACCUUCGCCGCAACGCCACCACUGCAGUAUCACUCAAGAAUUUUAGCGACACGACCGGCCAGGGAUGUCUUCUGUUGUGGUCUGUCAAGGUCGAGCUUGACAAGGACCCGGAUGAGCGCGCCAAGAGCUUUAACAUUCCGGACAUUAUCCUGAAAAACCUGUUCGAGGUUGCUCCUGUAUUCGUCAAGGGCAUCGUGGACCGCGCGCGCGGAACGCUGCCCCAGAGCUAAGUCUGCCGCGGAUGGUAGACAUUCCAAUAAGAUGGCACGAAGUCCAACAUGUACGUUUCUGAGUUCGAUGCAUGUCCUUUACCGACAGGUCAAUAGUAGCGUACCUGAAGGGUAAAGACACAACAAGCAAAGACAUUUUGAUUUACUCUCGAAUUGUACCAUCCGAGCGUACGUCACCAAUAGCGCCUAUCACGCCUAUCACGGUCUCGUUCUCGGUUCUCAUUGCGAUCGCGGCUUCGACUACGAUGGCGUCGGUCUCGGCUCCGGCCUACAGGACUACGAUUGCGUCGGUCCCUCUUUUCACAGCUUGGGCUGCGACGACGUCGGUCUCGACUGCGACUGCGCGCACUGGUCGCUGCUGGUGAACGGAUGCGUCGCCGCUUCUCGCUGUCACGACGGUCGUGGUCCUGCGAGGCAUUGCCUGUCACUUCUUCUCUAACCUCCUUGGAUGCGGGUACUGAAGUAGUCGAUGGCAAUUCGGUUGCGCUUUGGGGUGGUUGGUAAAUGGCGCUGGUAUUAACUAACAGUGUCAGAGCUUUGUCAUGAUGAUAUCUAAAAGAAUUUCCCCCUUUCGCGCACCUGUACGACUGCUGCAGACGAGCGAGUGCUGCAGCCUCACGCUCAGCUUUGGACGCUUUCACUUUCUGCAGCAGAGCCAAGUGAGAAAAGUGCUCAACCAACUGAUGCUUUAUCACUCACCUUCUUCCGCAUGCCAAAAUCAUCGUAGCCAUCUUCCCCGACCUCCGUUUUAGCCGAUGCGACUCUAUACGGAGCAUCACUCACGUUAGAUCAUGACCACCAUGCUCAUCACUUACAUCAUCUCACCGUUCCUGACGCUCGUUGAAGCCACCACCGGCACCAUCGCGUUUCUCGUCCUAUUGAUACCAUCAAAACAGUGUAGUAUCAGCAUCUUCAUAUCCCCUUCAACCACUCAGACAAGUACUCACCAGUCCUGCCAUCCCUGGCUUGGAGCUUUUGCACAUAUUGCACUCGGUGCGUCGCUCCCAAUUCACAUUACCACAUCUACCACGAGUGGAUCAAUAAGUUCUCUUUCAGGCUCACUCAUCAAUUCUCCAGCUCUUACGUGAUGCACGUCCAAUCUCCAGGCUGGAAAAGCCCCGGGGGACCUCGGAAGUCGGUUCCUCCUUUGGUUUUGGCCUUAUCGCCGCCCACUCCUUCGGGUCGGGGAGUCUGACAGCGAUUGCACGCAUUUCGACGCGCAAAGUUGAUGUUGGAGCAGCUACAGAAGAAGGGCAGUGAGUAUCGACUAACAAGAAAGGAGAACAUGAAGGUGGUGCAGAAUAUACCCAGGAUUGGGGCAGGCCCAGUCCCCGUCCGACAUCUGGAAGCCUCCGCGCCCGCCGUGGCCUGCCAUCGAUGGAUUCAACGAAAAAGUAGGCGCGAAAUAGUUGGAUAUGCGCUCAGAUCUGAUUCCUUACAAAACUUAAGCCCACAUGACUACACUAUUCUCCAUAGACGUCGCUGACGGCAGUGGUGGUGUCAGCUUCCGCCUCUUUCGACGACUCAAUUGCCUCUUCUUGAGCAAGUUGGAACAGGAAGACUGCGGUCUCAAACGCCAGCUGCCGAUCCUGAGCAUCUCCUGCGAUCACCAAGCGCUCGAAGGUCUGCUGCAAUUCCACGAGGCGGUGAUUGGCGAACUUGUGUCGGAUACUCGCGAGCUGGGACUCAUCUAGCCGCUGGAAUUUAUAUGUCGAGUAGUCUUUCAGUGCCUUGAGUUGACGUAACGAGGUCCGCACGCCCUGCGCUGCGUUAGGCGACAGCUCCUGCAAUGCCGCUUCCACUGACAGCAGCACCUCGUCCAGCGCCGUCUCAAAGAAUUCCUGAUCACAUGAUUACUUGAGCCUUAACUUUUUUCUUUUGUUCAUAGCUAAUAAUCCACGACUCACCUUCAACU